CGCAGGGGCUGCGCAGAGCGGCUCAGCCUGCCGCAGACGCUGCGGUUGCGGGCGCCUGGGAGGCUGCUGAGCUCCGAGCGCUGAAACGGCGCCGGCGAGUCCCAGCAGGACAGGGGUGGCGCAGCGACGAGUCCUCGCGCUUGGAGGACAGAUGUGCCUGGGCGUUGAAGUUCGCGGCCUCGAGCUCGGGUGAAGCUCUUGGGAAGGGCAAGACGGCGGCGAGAUGCCAGCGGAGGAGCCCCGCGCCUCUGGUGCCCCGGGCGCCCAGGGAACCCAGCGCGCGCCGGGCCCCGAGCUGCGCCUGUCCAGUCAGCUACUGCCCGAGCUCUAUACCUUCGUGGCGCGCGUGCUGUUCUACCUGGGGCCUGUGUACCUAGCCGGCUACCUGGGGCUCAGCGUAACCUGGUUGCUGCUCGGCGCCCUGCUGUGGUUUUGGUGGCGCAGGAACCGCCGCGGGAAGCUCGGGCGCCUGGCGGCUGCCUUCGAAUUCCUGGACAACGAACGCCAGUUCAUCAGCCGCGAGCUGCAGGGCCAGCACCUGCCAGCCUGGAUCCACUUCCCUGACGUGGAGCGGGUCGAGUGGGCCAACAAGGUCAUCUCGCAGAUCUGGCCCUAUCUAAGCAUUAUCAUGGAAAACAAGUUCCGGGAGAAACUUGAGCCCAAGAUCCGGGAGAAGAGCGUCCACCUGAGGACCUUCACCUUCACCAAGCUCUACUUUGGACAGAAGUGCCCCAGGGUCAACGGAGUCAAGGCACACACCAACAAGAGCAACCGGAGACAGGUGGUCCUGGACCUGCAGAUAUGCUACAUUGGGGACUGUGAGAUCAGCGUGGAGCUGCAGAAGAUACAGGCUGGUGUGAACGGGAUCCAGUUGCAGGGCACCUUGCGGAUCAUCCUGGAGCCCCUCCUGGUGGACAAGCCCUUCGUGGGAGCCGUGACUGUGUUCUUCCUUCAGAAGCCGCACCUGCAGAUCAACUGGACAGGCCUGACGAACCUGCUGGACGCGCCAGGAAUCAAUGAGGUGUCAGACAGCCUGCUGGAGGACCUCAUUGCUGCCCACCUGGUGCUGCCCAACCGCGUGACUGUGCCUGUGAAGAAGGGGCUGGAUGUGACCAACCUGCGCUUCCCUCUGCCCUGCGGGGUGAUCAGAGUCCACCUGCUGGAGGCAGAGGAGCUGGCCCAGAAGGACCACUUCCUGGGCCUCCGAGGCAAGUCGGACCCCUACGCCAAGGUGAGCAUCGGCCUGCAGCAUUUCCGGAGCAGGACCAUCUACAGGAACCUGAAUCCCACCUGGAAUGAGGUGUUUGAGUUUAUGGUGUACGAGGUCCCUGGGCAGGACCUGGAGGUGGACCUGUAUGAUGAGGAUCCUGACAGGGAUGACUUCCUGGGCAGCCUGCAGAUCUGCCUCGGGGAUGUCAUGACGAACAGAGUGGUGGAUGAGUGGUUUGUACUGAAUGACACAACCAGCGGGCGGCUACACCUGCGGCUGGAGUGGCUUUCACUGCUCACUGACCAGGAAGCUCUGACCGAGGACCAUGGUGGCCUUUCCACUGCCAUCCUUGUGGUCUUCUUGGAGAGUGCCUGCAACCUGCCGAGAAACCCUUUUGACUACCUGAAUGGCGAAUAUCGAGCCAAAAAACUCUCCAGGUUUGCCAGGAAUAAGGUCAGCAGAGACCCUUCUUCCUAUGUCAAGCUAUCUGUAGGCAAGAAGACACACACGAGUAAGACCUGUCCUCACAGCAAGGACCCUGUAUGGAGCCAGGUUUUCUCCUUCUUUGUACAGAAUGUGGCAGCUGAGCAGCUCCAUCUGAAGGUGCUUGAUGACGACCAAGAGUGUGCUCUGGGAGUGCUGGAGUUCCCCCUGUGCCGGAUCCUCCCCUACACUGACCUCACUCUUGAGCAGCGCUUUCAGCUGGACCACUCAGGCCUGGAUAGCCUCAUCUCCAUGAGGCUGGUGCUUCGGUUCCUGCGUGUGGAGGAACGAGAGCUGGGGAGCCCAUACACAGGACCUGAAGCCCUAAAGAAAGGCCCUCUGUUCAUCAAGAAGGUGGCCACCAACCAGGGUCCCAAAGCCCCACCCCAGGGAGAAGGUCCUGCAGAUUUGCUAUGUCCCUCAGAACCUGCUUCUGACACCAAGGAAGCAUCCAAGAGUACCACAACCACCAUCAGUGCUACCACUGCUGCCACCGAGCCCACACCCCAAGAGACAGGCCCAGAGCCCAAAGGCAAGGACAGUGCCAAAGGGCUCUGUGAGCCCAUGGGGGAGAAGAAGAGUUCAGCCACCAUCUUCCUGACUGUCCCAGGCCCCCACUCUCCAGGGCCCAUCAAGUCACCCAGACCCAUGAAAUGCCCUGCCUCCCCAUUCGUAUGGCCGCCCAAGAGGCUGGCUCCCAGCAUGUCCUCGCUCAACUCCCUGGCCUCUUCCUGCUUUGACCUGACAGAUAUCAGCCUCAACUUUGAAAGUGGGGAUCUCAGGCAGCAGCGGCUGGGCGAGAUUCAGCUCACGGUGCGCUAUGUAUGUCUGCGGCGCUGCCUCAGCGUGCUAAUCAAUGGCUGCAGAAACCUAACACCAUGUACCAGCAAUGGAGCUGAUCCCUAUGUCCGCGUCUACCUGUUGCCAGAAAGGAGGUGGGCAUGUCGUAAAAAGACUUCAGUGAAGCGCAAGACCCUGGAACCCCUGUUUGAUGAGACAUUUGAAUUUUUUGUUCCCAUGGAAGAAGUAAAGAAGAGGUCACUAGAUGUUGCAGUGAAAAAUAGUAGGCCACUUGGCUCACACAGAAGAAAGGAGUUAGGAAAAGUACUGAUUGACUUAUCAAAAGAAGAUCUGAUUAUGGGCUUUUCACAAUGGUAUGAGCUGACUCCAGAUGGACGGCCCAGAAGCUGAUGAUGAGUAAACAGCAUUAUCACCUUUAUGUUAAAAUGUGUAUAUAUGUAUAUUUUUAAAUCAGAACAGUCAUUGGAUGAAAAUAUAUACAUACAUUUUUGUGUGGAAUUCAACUGCAUGGCUGAAUAGUAUAAAGAAGAGAUAGAGUUAUUUAAAAGAACGAACUACUUUUUCUUGAUUGGAUUCAAAUCUGGAAAGAAACGGUGUAUUCGUGCCUUUAGUAAGUUAUUAAAACCUCAGUGGUGUUUUUUUCACUUUUGGUAAUUAUAUACCAUCUGAUUUAUGACUUGCUACAAGUGUCCUGUCCCUGACAAAGGGGGUAGGAGAGGUCUGUUUCUGGAACAGGUACAAGUACCCCUGGGUAGUAACUAAGGGAGGUCGCUUCUUUUAGGGAAAUAAAAAGUGACUCAACCCAAAACUGCCAAGAGCUAACACUGCCAAAGCCCUUCCGGCUGCCACCUGUGGGACUUGUAUGCCUGGAGAUUGUUCCUGUAUUUGACUCGGAGUUAUUAAUAAAAGGUAUUUUCCUAAUGGCAACAAUAUCAUAGUGAUACACUUAAAUACUUUGAGUUAAGGGCCAAAGUCUGGCAUUACUUCCACAGGAAAAUGCAAGCCAGGUGUAUGUCUGAACUCUCAUAGCAGAGCACUGGAGAAUGCUGAAGAGUGUCACUGCCAUGGAGGAAAAGGAGCUUUCUGUAUUAGACAUGUAAAGUGUAUAUUUAAACAAGUGCCUCUUUUGCAUUUCAAACUUUAUAGGACCAAAUAUACUACUUGUUACCUAUGAUGUUCUGGAACUGUUAAGGUCAUUAUCAUUUUCUGUCUUACCUGCUCAAGCAACACUCCUUAUUAUCAGUUUCCUAUCCUCACCACUGCCUUUACUGCUGCUUUUCUGAAGAAUGGCAACAUCCUAAAACAAAGUCUUAGUCAUGUUACUCUUACUUACAAAUUAUCUGAUUUCCUAUUUUCUGUAAAAUCAAAGCCCACUCCUUAAUUUGCUUUUUAGACCUGACAUAAUCUGGUUUCCAUUUUUCUGCUACUUUAUUCAUGUGCAGAAUAGUCUAAAUACUAUGCCCUGCCUACUCACUUCUUAACCACUUUGGUACGGCACUCACCGGCCACGAAAUCUUGCCCACAGCUGGCACUCAGAGUCUUCACGAUAG